AUGCCAGACUCUCCGAGAAGAAACCAGCACAGAAGAAGCCAUUCAGAGCAACAGAAUGUACCACAUAGUCAAAGGGAAACUAACUCAGUCGCCGUCAAAAUUGGCCUGAUUGGAGAUGCCCAGAUAGGGAAAACAUCAUUAAUGGUAAAGUACGUAGAAGGCUGUUAUGAUGAAAAUUACACACAGACACUAGGAGCUAAUUUCAUGGAGAGAAUCAUCAACAUCAGAAAUACCCAGAUCACGCUCUCCAUUUGGGAUCUGGGUGGGGAGAAAGAGUUCAUUAACAUGCUGCCAUUGGUGACAACUGACGCUGUGGUGAUAAUAUUUAUGUUUGACCUGACCAGAAAAUCCACUCUAAACUCUAUUAAGGAGUGGUAUAGACAAGCAAGAGGUUUCAAUAAAACAGCCAUCCCGUUUUUGGUGGGCACCAAGUAUGAUCUAUUCAUAGAUCUACCAGAUGAGGAUCAAAUCGAGAUUACCAAUCAAGCAAAGAAAUAUGCCAGAGCUAUGUCAGCUUCCCUUAUUUUCUCAUCCACAAGCCAUUCUAUAAACAUACAAAAGCUAUUCAAAGUCAUACUGAGUAAAGUCUUUGACAUAAAGGCAACCAUACCAGAAAUAGUAAACACAGGAGAACCACUAUUAUUAUAUCAGUCAAUAUGA